GACCAAACCCAACCAUUGCUCUUCCUUCUACUCAGCAGACGCAUAACGCAAUUCAAUCUCUUACAGACUUUUUAGUUUCAGAACUCUGUUCCAUACCCAUCCAUCAACACAAUCUGCUCACCUUGGAUUGCCCACUUCACAAAAGCCCCUGUUUUUACUGUUUCUGCUGCGGUUUUGCUUCACAACAGAGCAAUAAAACCACCUCCACUUUUCAUCAUACUUAAUGAUAGUUUCAUCCAAAACAGGAUAGCAAGUGAUUUGAUUACAAAAAACACAAAUGUAUCCAAAGGUGAAGGUGAGAACAGAUGGGCGAGACGAUCAACAUGCACACGACUGGAGUUCUUUGCUUUCCUUGAAAGAUAUCCAGUUUCUUUGUUUGCAGGAUUCUUGCGUUCCAGUGAAGGGGCACCAAGAUGUUUCUCCACCAAUCGUAGCAAGAAUUCCGAAGUCUUAUGUACCGAAUGUAAUCAUGCCACAAGUUUCUGUUUCUGAAGAAGCAGAGAAGAAAAGCUAUUCUACCGAGGAGGAUAGACUGAAUAUUAGAGCCAGUUCGAUCCCACGUCCACGUGCUGUCUUAUCUAGUCCUGGUGCAUCAAAGAGCUUCAUAUAGACAAAAAAAUAAAUUAAACCGAAGCCAGCUUCAACGUGGUUUAGGGUUGGAGAAUGAAAACAAUGAUGCGGUGAUUGGAAGUAACAACAGGACUAAAGUGGCACGACCUACAGCUUCAAAGAAUAAUAAGCUGAUGGAAAGUAGACAUGAACCAUGUAAAGCUGUCCCCGGUCAAAUCACUGAUGCAAGUCCAACAAGUACAAGGAAGUCCAAGAACACUUCUGAUAACAAGAGUGAGCUUAAAGUAAAGAAAUGGUCACCACCUGAAGCAUCCAGCCAGAGAAGAAAGAUCGCAACCGAUAAACCACGUUUCAUGAGAAUCUAAUUGUUUGAUUGUACACACUGGAUCGACAGUUGAGAUCAUGAUAGCUAUGAUUAUAGCUAGGGCUUUUUUGUUUCCUAAUGGAAGCGUGAUAACCUCAGUUGCAAUUUUGCUAUACUGUAAUAGAAACCACAUGAAGAACACUGUUCACAUAACAGAGUCCUUACAUUAUGAGUUUGUAGCCCAGAAGAAGAAAUCCUCACUUUAUGAGCUUGUAGUUCAGGGGAAUCCAGAGAAAGGGAGAUCAGAAAGACCAGCCAGCCCGCACAAAUCAUCGAUGGAAAGGUUCAACAAUACAUGGGGCAGUUGCAGGCAUGGCUCUCCAGCGAAAGUCCAUGGUGAUUCGUGGAGCAAACAAACUCAGACUAUAUGUUCAGUAUCAUCAUUUAACGUGUACAUGAGAGUGGCAAAACAGUACAUGGAUGCAUGGAUGUCGCGGGAUGAGUAACAUCCAAAAUAUCUCAUAGCAGCCAGAUUGUGCCCAACAUCUUAUUGAAAUUGUUGAUCCAGACUACCCAGGAGCAAAAUUACUUGUGAUUUAGUAACAGUAGAUCUCCUUGGAACUCGCUUCUGCAUUAAAAGCACAGAAGUAGUUCUUGAGAACCAAACUUUUAACUUCCUUAAGAACAUAUGCCAGAACCCUUAUGUUUCUUGGCCGCAGCCAUUGUUUUUUUUAUUUUUUCCAUUUUUUUUUGAAUAGCAAAUAUACAUAUGUAUGCAUGCAAAUGUGGAUCUUAAACAAUUUCCCAUUCAUGUACUAGCUUUUAGGCAAUUGCCAAUCGAAAGAUCUAACACUUCAUUGCUCACUCAUCAAAAUCAUUUGAACUUAUAACGAUACUGUUGAGUGAAAUGCUAUUAUCAAGUGUGGAGUGACAACAGCAGUUAGUCCAAAAGACAUGUUUCUCAGUUACAGAUCUUGGAAGGCGUGUCGUUCAUUUUUUUCCUUGAUGAAUCUAGAAAGACAUGUCAAACAACGGAUAGACCAAGCAUCAGUUCUGGCAGUGAAAAACGCAAGAGAGACCAAAAAUUACCAACACUGAAGUCUGAGUCUGAUCCAUGCUAAACUCACCUUAUCCCCCCAUGCAUAUCUCUACCCUCAUCUCAUUGGACACAAUCUGCCCACAUCAGCUUGCACAGCUUAACCCUUCUCCCAUCCCUCCAUUAGCACUUACUUUCAACUCAUCAUACCCCCACCCAUAACUGAAAAAACCAUCACCAGCACUUUUCGAGCCAAUUUCUUGCACCAUGGCUGCCUCUGCUGCUGCAGCUGCAGGCUCAUCUUUCUCUCCUUCAUCAAUUCACACCUUCAAACGCAUGCAUAUCAAGCACUGUCCAUUGAGUCAUUCUCUCCUCAAAGUCUCGCCAGCUCGCAUCAUGUUAGCCUCGUUAUAUCGCUCUGAUUAUGCUAUAGAACCACUUUCACAAGUUGCAGUCACAUGGAGGGUGCCGAGAGUAUCUGCUUCUGUUGCUCAAGAGGAGGCACCUGCAACUGCUUCUGCGGUGGAGGAAGAGGAACUGGCUUCAGAAGAAGCAAAAGGAGAAACUAAUGAGAUCCCUGUUAAUACUAAGCUUUACUUUGGGAAUUUGCCAUAUAAUGUUGACAGCGCACAGCUUGCUGGAAUCAUUCAAGAGUAUGGUAGUCCAGAGAUGGUCGAGGUUCUCUAUCACAGAGAAACCGGAAGAAGCAGAGGUUUCGCAUUCGUGACAAUGAGCAGCAUUGAAGAUUGUAAUGCAGUCAUUGAAAAUCUUGAUGAAAGCCAAUACAUGGGUCGCAUCUUGAGGGUGAACUUUUCAGACAAUCCUAAACCUAAAGAACCAUUAUAUCCAGAAACAGAAUACAAACUUUUUGUUGGAAAUUUAUCUUGGUCAGCAACAUCUGAAAGUUUGACACAAGCCUUUCAAGAAUAUGGUAACGUUGUUGGAGCAAGGGUUCUAUAUGAUGGGGAGACAGGAAAAUCCCGUGGUUACGGUUUUGUAUGUUAUUCAACAAAAGCAGAGAUGCAAACAGCCCUUGUAUCUCUUGAUGGAGUGGAACUAGAGGGACGAGCAUUGCGCGUAAGCUUAGCUGAAGGGAGAAAAUCAUGAGAUUGUGGACGAAAAAGUGCAGAUUUUUUAAGGGAUGCUGAACAUCAAUGCCGAUAGCACCGAGAAUUAAUGGAAGGAAACAAUAGUUACUUUUGCUAUUGCAGUAACUUGGCAACCUGGGAUUCUCUUCUCUUACAUGUCUAUUGUGUUUGCCUGAUCUUCCCCUUCUGAUCCAUGAGUGGAAGUUCCUUAUGAAAUCUGUUGUGGUUUUAUUUGGUAAGGCUAUGAAUUCGCUACAAAAAAGAAAAAAGAAAAAAAUCUCGUGUUAGCGAGAUGCUGCCAUGCUGCUUGUAUUGCUGCAUUUUAUACCUAGCUAACAUUUUUACUUGACAA